UCAUUGGCAGUGGCGUUUGUGUACAAGGAUCUGCAUGACCUACUCCUAACAGAUCAAGCCAUCAGGAGUAAAACAGACAACCAAAGGAAUAUCAACUCCAGGAUAAUGGCCGUAACUAUGGACCCCAAGCCAGAAACAUUGAGAGAAAAUGUCACCCUAAAGUUCAAAAACCUAAAGGUCUUGGAAGCGGAGAAACGCUGUAUGUUUUGGAGUAACCUCAGCAAAAGCUUUUCAGAGGAAGGAUGUCAUGUAGUUAUAUCAAAAAGCAACUCAGAAGAAACAGUUUGCAGCUGCAAACAUUUCACGCAUUUUGCCGUCUUAAUGGACUACGACGGUAGCACAAAGCUCACCGAGGAGGAGGAAACAAUUCUGAAAAUUAUCACCUAUGUGGGACUGAGCCUUUCCAUCGUCGGGAUACUUGUAACAUUAAUACUUUAUUCUUGCCUCACAGAUGUUCGUCAACCUCUCUCUCAAAUUCGACUGAGUGUUUCUAUGUCCCUUGGAGCUGGACAGAUCAUCUUCCUAGCCGGAAUAAACGCCACUGAAAACAAAGCUGCCUGUAUUACAAUAGCAGCUCUGAUGCAGUAUUUCUUGAUGACUGCUUUCUGUUGGAUGCUGAUCGAGGGAAUUUAUCUCUACUUCUUCGUUGUAAAAGUUUACAACAUUAACACCAAGAUGUACAUGUAUCACGUCAUCUCAUGGGGUCUUCCACUGAUCAUGGUGGCCAUGUCACUUGGCAUCGCUGCUGGAAAAGAAGGGUUACAAAGCUAUACGAGUGAUAAACACUGCUGGCUUUCCUCGACUAACAACCUGAUCUGGAUAUUCGUCGCCUUUGUGGCUUUCAUUGAAGUUCUCAACAUCUUGAUACUCGCACGAGUCAUAAAGGAGAUGACAAACUUGUUGCAGCCAACAGGAGAAGACGACCAUUCCCAGAAGAUACGAAUUGGCAUUAAAGCAUGCGUGGUGAUGAUUCCCCUGCUGGGCGUCACGUGGCUAUUUGGUCUCCUCUCGCCUGUACAUAAAGCUUUCGUUUACAUCUUCACCAUACUUAACUCUUCUCAGGGUUUCCUAAUUUUCGCUCUACAUAGUAUGCGAAACACUCAGAUCAGAGAGCGUUUCAAAAGAAAGAUGAAUAUCGUUUUUCCAUCCUCUGUAAAGAACAACUCCACAACAAUGAGCUCACAGGUCAAUCCAAGUGAGGCUGGGGAUGUAUGGGCGGUUGAAUUGCAGUCGUGCUGAGUUUGAAUCGAAAUCGCACUUAACUUAAUUAACUGGAUCCAGCCGACCGGAAAUGACGGUCAAUUACUUAGUAAAAUCACUUAGUUAACAGCAAUAGGUCGGUAAGGAUCUAUCUGACUUAAGAUCUGCAGGUAAAAAGAGGUCUUUCUUUUCAAUAUUGUUUAAGCACUCAACUAGCUGUAAAUGUAACCUAUCUUCUCUAUGAUUAUGAGAUUAUUUUCUAGGCGAUCGCAUAUUUGCAGGAAAAAUUUAUCGAAAUAAACCAAUCUAUAAAUUUAAAUUUAUAAUGGCUCACUAUGCUGAUGACUGCCCCGCGAAUGAGACCACAGUCUGCUACAGACGAGGCGGGAAUUUACACCAAGAGAUCACGACACUUCUUUCUUUAAAAAGUACUCUGGUGCGUAGCUUUCAUUGAACAUAUUUAUCCUUAGAUUAUUGCGCGCUAACUUUCUGCUUUGCUACAUGAUUAUUUCAUAUUCGAUGUUUCCUCUUACUAAACACUGUCAUUACUUGUAACAAUAAGCUGUGAAAAUAACUGAAACUAUAAGUUUCUAGAAAUUUUGAGAAUGUCUAGU